AUGAAGCUUAAUCAUUUGCUUUAGCUCCUAGGUAUUUGUGCUCUAGCAGCAAAUCAAGUCAAAGGAACUACAACAAGAGACAAUGAUUUUACUCAUGGUCAUUCCCCUGCCUAUUUUGAAAAACUAAAAAAUACUUAUAAGGAUGGGAUAACUUACGUGCAUCUUAUCUCUCAUACCCAUGACGAUGUAGGCUGGCUCAAGACAGUUGAUGAGUACUUUUCAGGCACUCAUUAAAAUGUAGUUUAAGUUGAAGUCCAUAUGAUCUUAUCUACUGUCGUAGAUGAACUACUCAAGGACCCUAAGAAAAGAUUCACCUAUGUUGAGAUGAAAUUCUUUUCAAUGUGGUGGUCACAGCAAGAUGAUACUAUGAAAGCAAACGUUAGAAUGCUAGUGCAGCAGGGAAGACUAGAGUUCGUUAAUGCUGGCUGGAGCAUGCAUGAUGAGGCCUGUCCACACUACGAGGACAUGAUGAACAAUAUGAUGAUUGGCCAUGAUUUCUUAAUGAAAGAAUUCGGAGUUAAGCCCAGAAUCGGUUGGCACGUUGAUCCCUUCGGACAUUCUAACGCUAACCCAAGAUUGUUCGCUGAAAUGGGAUUUGAUGCUUGGUUCUUUGCCAGAUUAGACUACCAAGACAAAUAAAAAAGAUUGGGUGAGAAGUCAAUGCAAUUCGUCUGGAGACCAAUGUUCUAGCAUCUUGGUACUAGCACUUAAAUCUGGACUCAUGCUAUGCAGGAUCACUACUGCUAUCCUCCUGGAUUUGACUAUGAUGAUAGAUUCAGCGGUGAUGAUCCAGUUGUUAGUGAUUCAGAAUUAGAGACCUUUAACGCAGAUGAUAAAGUUCAAGAAAUGGUUAACUAUGUUACUCACAUGGCAGAUCAUUAUUAAGGAAAUCACUUGAUGCUUACUAUGGGAUGUGAUUUCACGUAUCCAAAUGCAAGAAUGAAUUUCAUGUCAAUGGACAGACUGGUAGAUUACUUUAACUCUCAUGUGACAGAAUUCCAACUUCUUUACUCAACUCCAGGAAUCUAUUUGGACGCAGUUAAGGCUUAGGAUCUAACAUACCCAGUAAAGUACGAUGAUAUGUUCCCAUAUGCAGACGGGGAUAAAGACUUCUGGACUGGAUACUUCACGUCAAGAGCUAACUCAAAGAAAUAAGUUAGAGACGGAUCUUCUAAUCUUCAUGCUUUUACCAAAGUAGCCUCAAUGAAAGUUCUAGAUCAAUCUGUUUCAAAUGAUACUCUUAACUAGAUCUUUGAUGCUAAGCACCAACUUCUUGAUGCUAUGGGUGUCAACUAGCAUCAUGAUGGAGUCUCUGGUACUGCAAAGUAACAUGUGGCUGAUGAUUACAACUGGAGAGUCUUCCAAGCAGUUCAAAAUAGCAAUCCCCUAUACGCAUCAUUAAUUGAUGAAAUAAUUGAAUCAUAGACUACAGUCAAAGCAAGUAAUUGGUAAUGGUGCUAGAGAACAAACGGUACCUAUCUGGACUGCCCAAUUAAUGAUUUCGGCAAUGCAGAUCAUAUCGUUGUUGCUCACAAUCCGUCUUCAGUUGAUCAGUUGUAUGUCAAGCUUAAAGUAUAAUUUUCUAAUUACAAAGUCUCUGCUUGGGAUUUCACUUAAAAAGGAUUCGUAGACAUAACUAAAGAUUCUGCAGAGAUUAUCUGCGCUGGAAGAUACAGCAAGCAAGGAUCUUUUGUCCAAGACUGUGAAUUGCAUGUAAAGACUACAACUCAGGCUAAUUAAAUUUCAGUCAUCUAAUUGAAAUUCGAUAGCAGUACAGAUUUGAAAGUAAAGGAUGACUCAGGUUAAGCUCAUAAAAUUAGUGGAAACCAAGAAACUCUAGAUUUCUAAAAAUAUGACAAAAAUCUAGGAGUUUUGUUCAAUCUCAUAAAAGUAAAAAGUGGAAAGACAUAUCAAAUUGGUUUUGACUUAAGAUCAUAUAAUGGCUUUCCUGGAGGUAAAGACGAUUGCCCAAGUGGAGCCUACGUUUUUAAGCCAGAUACAAAUGCUCAAGAUUCUUUGAAGUAUGCAGACAUGAGUGAUAUUAAAUCUUUUACUGGAAAAUUCACCUCUGAAAUCCAAAUGACUUUCAGUAACCAAGAUGGAUCAAGGAAAGCACUCGUAAGAGCCAGAUACUAUGAUUAAUCAUUCACAUCAGAGUGGGAUGUAAUUCUAUAUGGCAUUCCUGAACAGUCAGGACAAGGCCUUGAAGUCACAGUUAAUUUCUUAUCUCUUGAUAUUGAUAACCAAGACAUCUUUUACACUGACUCAAAUGCUCUCGAAAUGUAAUAGAGAAAACUAAAUUAUAGACCAACGUGGACUUUUUCAACAUCAGAAAAAAGUUCAGGCAAUUAUUAUCCAAUUAAUAGUGCAAUCGCUAUUGUUGAUGAGACCAAGAAACUAUAGUUAACAGUUAUGAAUGAUAGAUCUUAAGGUGGAGCUGUAUUGCAAAAGGGUAGAAUUGAAUUGAUGCAAAACAGGAGACUUUUCAAUGACGACUGGCGUGGGGUAGGUGAGCCUCUUAAUGAAAGAGAUCCAGAUGGAAAUGGAAUAAUAGUCCCAGCAACUUAUAAACUUCACUUUUUCGAAAGGGAUUUAGAUUUCUCACUCCAAAGAACUGCUCAGCUUCAAGUGGAUGAACCCCUUCAGCUAUUUUUCACAACUCAAUUUAAAUCGAGCUAAUAAUCUGAGUCACUUUAAUAGAUUGAUCUAAAUUUCAACAAGAUCUCUUCAUCAUAAAAUGUUGUGUUGCCACCUACCUUUAAAUUUGAAACGUUCCCAGUAGAUAGAAACUAAAUUUUAUUGAGAGUUGAGAACAUUGGUGAUAAGUUCGAUACAGACUACAAGGGUCUGGAUAUUAAGGACACCUCUAUUACUAUUGACCUUCUAGAUUGGGCUACAAAGUACUUCAACUCAGCAAACUUAAAGAAGCCAGUCAAGAUGACUGUAGCUAUCUCAGAGCUAGCACUUUCUGGAAAUUAACUCUAUUCAGAUAUGGUAAAGACAAAGACUAACUGGAAGACUCCUGCUACAAAUGACUUCAUUAUUCAACCAUAAAUACCUAAAGAUCUUUCAGACACAACUAUAGUUCUGUCUUAACAAAGGAUAAGACUAUUUAACUUGACCUAUACUGUAGUUCCAAGUCAAGAUUCACUUGGCUUUGAUCAACAAUAAUUUCUAUAAUGA